CUGCGCAUUUUCAUUUCUCCUCCAAGUUGAAAAGUGUUUAAACGUUUUUUUCCCAUUCGCCUGUGAUUAUUUUUUUACUACACAAUUUUUUCCUACAUUUUCUAUUUUAUCUAAAGAAAAAAUAAUUCCAAAAUGGAAAUAAGUUCAAAUAAAUUUAAAAAUUCAAUAAAUAAUUUAUUGAAUUUAUUAAAAUCUGAAGACAAAUUCUUGAAAGAAUUUUUGAGGUUACCAGAUCUUACUGCUCCAGAUGUUUUGAAAGUAUUAACUUAUUUGGGUUCGAAAUUAUUAGAUCCCCAAUAUACUGAGAAUAUUGGGAUAGCUUUUCAAGACUGCCUUUUGCUAAUUGUCACAGAGCGUAUUAACAACGAUGAUGACGCCAGCAAAAAUUUUGAAGAGUACCAGAAGAAAUGCAUUGCCUUAUCCAAGCUGAUGAAGGUUUCAAAGGAUGUUUUGAGAUAUGCAACUAAAUACCUAACAAACAAACCAGCACCAUUCAAACGUGCAAAUGAUGAAAAUUCAAUUAAAAAGAAAGCCAAGCUUUCACACUCUUCAUCAGUUAAUGAUUUGGAAAUUGCCAAAUGCUGCUAUCGAAUGCUUUCAUGUGAUCCAGUUUUCUUUAAAGAUCUCUGGAAUUGGUCACAAUUUGUCUCCCACUAUCUCAAUCAGGGAUGUGAUCUACAGAAGCUUUACUGCAAUCAUGCGAUAGCAAUAAUCACUCACAUGACUCCACAUCAAUUGAAAGAAUUGAAUAAAUCAAUUAGCGAAGAUGUGGUUUUGUUGUUCCACAAGGAACAACACCAAGUUCCCUUCAUUUCGUCCCCCACAGCUAACGAAACACCCAAUUCCAACAAAACAGAUUCCCUUAUCAGUGUACCCUUUGCUAGCGAAGUGGUUACUAAUGUUGAGGGAGUUCUUUUGCCCAUUUUCAAUAACGAAAAUAAGAAAUUCUAUGAAGAAACUGAUGGCAAUUAUGAUUCGAUUGUUCGAGUUGAUUCGACUAAAGUCAAUUUGAGAAGUAUUGCAUUGGGAGUAUCUUCGGGUAAAGCUAUUUGUUUAUCUGGGCCAGUUGGAUGUGGUAAAACAACACUUGUUGAAUAUUUGGCUAGACAAACUGGAAGAGUUUGUCCCAAAAAAUUGGAAAUUGAGAAUUUGAAAAAUAAAAAUGAAAAUAAAGGAUUGAAGAGUAAAGGGAAGAAUGGGAAUACGAAAAAGGAACAACGCAAUGGAAAUAAACGGAAGAGUGAUGUGGAAAAAGAUGAAAAUGUUUUGAAAGUCAGCGAUGAAGUGUUGGACAAGAGGAAUGGAUUUUUAAGAAUUCAAUUGGGAGAUCAGACUGAUAGUAAGAUGUUGCUGGGUCAAUAUCGCUGUACUGAUGUUCCUGGUGAAUUUAUUUGGCUGCCAGGAGUAUUGACACAGGCUGUGAUGAACGGAUACUGGUUAUUGCUUGAAGAUCUUGAUUCAGCAACACAAGAUACGUACACAAUUCUUAACAACUUGUUGGAGAAUAAUUUUCUUAGCGUUCCUGGAUUCAGAGAUUGUGUAAAAAUUGAACCAGGUUUCCAACUUUUUGUUACAAUAAGAACAAAUAAAGGAGCCAACGCUUCCCAAAAGUGCCUUUACUCUUUGCUAGAAAAGUAUCUUUACACCAUCAACGUCCUUCCAUUGUCGCGUAAUGAACUCUGUCGUGUAGUCAGUACCAACUAUCCCAAACUUAGCACUGUCGCAAAUCGUAUAGUUGAUGUGUUCCUAACGUUUUCAAGUGGUGACCACACGAUCGCUGACAACCUGCGUACUCAAGAAACUCACGACAAAGCUGAUACAACAGAAAAAUACAUCGCUCUUCCAUUCGAAGCGGUUUCUGUGAGUAAUAUAACCAAUUCAGGAAGACUCGUCUCCACUAGAGAUUUGAUCAAGUUGUGUGCACGUUCAAAUCCAAUGUUUUCAGUCACUAGCACCGAAUGUGCCUAUUUUGUAUUUCAAAAUGCUGUCGAUGUAUUUUGUUCAUAUUUACCUGAGGGAAGAGAUAAAACUCGUCUAGUCACUAGCAUCGGAGCAAAACUAGGUAUCAUUCAAUCGAGAUGUGAAUUCUUUGCUGAUGAAUAUAAACCCGAUGUCGAGGUAGAUAGUAAAAGAAUCAAAGUUGGUCGUGCUGAACUUGUAUCGAAAUCAAUUGGCUACCUUAAAUCACGACCACAUGACAAUGACGAAGAUGACUUACUUAGACCAGUUAAGAAACAAAAGUUGGCGAAAAAUGUCGGGAAAAUAAUAAUGCCACAGAAAACGACAAAAAGUGCAACAUUUUCAUUCACACGAAUGGCUUCUUGUUUGUUAGAACGCAUUGCAGUUUGCGUUGGACAAGAUGAACCUGUUCUUCUGGUUGGUGAAACUGGAGUGGGAAAGACUUCCUCUGUUCAAUAUUUAGCCGAGAAAACCCACCACAAAUUGGUUGUGGUAAACAUGAAUAAUCAGUCCGAUGUCUCUGAUCUUGUUGGUGGUUUCAAACCUGUCGAUUUGAACUAUGUCAUAGCACCUCUACGAUCUGAAUUCGAAAACCUCUUUCGAAAGACUUUCGAUGGCAGUAAAAAUGAGACAUUUCUCAAUAAAUUCAGUAUUUGCUAUAAUCAAGGAAAUUUUAAAGUCCUUAUCAAACUGAUGAUCACUGUGGUGGGUACAGUUUUCACUCGUUAUCAAAAAGGUGAAUUCAAAUUUGAAGAAGAUCUACCAAAUUGGAAGCAAUUACAAAUUAAACUGCAAAAGCUUGACUCCCAAUUGACGAAGUCUAUAAAUAUUUCCUUUGCCUUUAUUCCUGGAUCUUUGGUAAAUUGCAUCAAGAAUGGUGAUUGGGUACUUUUGGAUGAAAUCAAUUUGGCUUCGGCUGAAACUCUGGAAUGUCUAUCGACAAUCCUCGAACCCGAUGGAUCGGUUGUUCUACUUGAAAAGGGAGACUUUACUCCUGUCAAGAGGCAUCCUGAUUUCAGAAUCUUUGCCUGUAUGAAUCCUAGCACAGAUAUUGGAAAGAAGGAUCUUCCGGUGGGAAUUCGGAAUCGAUUCACUGAGUUCUUUGUUGAUGAACUCACCACAGAAGGAGAUUUAACGUUGCUUGUCAGCGAUUACCUCAGUAACACUGGCAUUGAAAAAAAACGAGUGACUGGCAUCGUAAAGAUGUACAAGAAAUUACGGAUCCUCUCAAAAUUAGAACUUAACGAUGGUUUAGGCAAUCGACCUGUAUUCUCUUUGCGUACACUAUGUCGAUCAUUGAGGAUCUGUGCUAAGAAUCUUUGCGGAUCCAUCGAAAGGAAUCUCUACGAAAGUUUUUGUAUGAGUUUUCUCACUCAGCUAGAUCCUCCUUCACACAAUAUUGUCUUGGAGUUGAUAAAGGGUUCACUCCUAAGCAACGUUAAAGCUGUUCUAUCGCAGGGAAUUCCACGUCCUGGAGAGGAUUAUUUGAAUUUUGAAAGCUACUGGAUACAGAAAGGACCAAAUGAAAUCCAAGAAUGUAGUAACUACAUUUUGACCAAAAGUGUGGGAGAGAAUCUGAAGGAUCUUGCAAGAAUCAUCUCGAUUGGAAAACUGCCAAUCCUGCUGCAGGGUCCAACUAGUGCUGGAAAGACUAGUUUGAUUGAGUAUGUGGCCAAGAAAAGUGGCAACCAUUGUUUGAGGAUAAAUAACCAUGAGCACACUGAUCUGCAAGAGUACAUUGGAACUUAUACAUCCGACGUAACUGGAAAGUUAUCCUUCAAAGAGGGAGUUCUGGUGCAAGCUAUGCGGAAUGGAUUUUGGAUAAUCCUCGAUGAAUUGAAUUUAGCCUCCACAGACAUUUUGGAAGCUCUUAAUCGUGUUCUCGAUGACAAUAGAGAAUUGUUUAUUCCAGAAACUCAAACAGUCGUCAAGGCUCAUCCAAAUUUUAUGCUUUUUGCUACACAAAAUCCUCCUGGUCUAUACGGUGGCAGAAAAACUCUAUCUAGAGCUUUUAAAAAUCGUUUUAUUGAGUUACAUUUUUCUGAAAUUCCUCGAAAUGAAUUGGAAGUGAUUUUAGAGAAACGUUGUCUCAUUCCACAAUCGUAUUCCAAGAAGAUGGUACAAUGCAUGUGGGAUUUGCAAAAGAAUCGCAAGACAACUACGAAGAAUGUCUUUACAUUGCGUGAUCUUUUCCGUUGGGGAAAUCGUUACACAUUUGCUGAUAAGCAACUCCUCGAUGAUUUGAAGUACGAUUGGAAUCAGCAUUUGAUUGAAGAGGGUUAUCUCGUCUUGUCCGCAAAAGUUAGGACUGAUAUUGAGAUUGAAAUCAUUGAAGAGACUCUUUAUAGAAACUUUAGAAAGAAGAUUAACUUGGAUUUGCUAUUUGGAGAUGAAGCAUCUCCUGUGACCAGAAACAUCAUAGAUUCUAUCAAGACCUACACUGAAAGAAAUGAUAUUGUUUGGACGAGAAAUAUGACAAGAAUGGCAGUUUUGGCUGCAAAAGCAAUUCAAUUUAAUGAACCAGUGCUUUUAGUUGGACCAACUGGAUGUGGAAAGACGACAGUUUGCCAAAUUUUGGCCAGUAUUCAUGAUGUCCAAUUGAGGAUUCUCAAUUGUCAUAUGCACACGGAGGGUGCAGAUUUCUUGGGUGGAUUGAGACCCUGUCGAACAAAUUCAGAAAAUGACGAAAGUCAGAAAUUAUUUGAAUGGGCAGAUGGCCCCUUGAUCAUGUCGAUGGUGGAAGGAAGCUAUUUCAUGGCUGAUGAAAUAUCUCUGGCAGAAGAUUCGGUUCUUGAGAGAUUGAAUUGUAUUCUAGAACCUGAGAGAACAGUUUUGUUGGCUGAGAAAGGAGGUGUCAGUGAUGUGGAUUCUGUGUCCAAGGACUUUGUAAUCAAAGCAGCUGAUGGAUUUCAAUUUUUUGCCACCAUGAAUCCAGGAGGUGAUUUUGGAAAGAAGGAAUUGUCACCAGCCUUAAGAAAUCGUUUUACUGAAAUUUGGUGUAUACCAUCGGACUCGAGAGAUGAUUUGAUCAACAUUGCAGCCAAUUGUAUGGCACAGUGUAUGACUGGAAGAGAAAUGGAAUAUGUACGUAAAGUUGCUUCAUUUCUGGUCGAUGUUGUCUUUUAUAUUCGCGAUAAUGUGGAGAAAUUUAAAUUUUCUAUUCGCGAUAUCCUCGCUUGGUCCAACUAUUUGAUAGUUAAUUCAUCACUAGAAUUCCCUGAGGCAGCGGUCUUUGGAUUGGAGACUAUUUUCUUGGAUUCUCUGGAAAUGUUGCCACAUGAAUCUUUAGAGAAAGUAGAACAACUGAAAUUGAAUAUCAUUCGAUAUGCCAUUGAACAGGCAAAACUGACCGUUGGAGUUAUUUUCAAGGAGGAGGAAAUUAUAUCCAAGCGUGGUGAUAUAAUCGAAAGUACAGAAACGACUUUCGGAAUUAAACCAUUCUUUAUUCCUACAAAUCCCGAAAGAAAAAUAAAUGCUGAUGAGCAUUUCUUAUUCGAUGCACCAACUACUAAGAAGAAUCUCUUCCGACUUUUAUCGGCUUUGAGUUUGAGUAAGCCUGUUUUGUUGGAAGGUCCACCUGGAGUGGGUAAAACAUCGAUUGUGGAGAGUUUGGCACAUGCAAUUGGUUACAAUGUCGUGAGAAUAAAUCUCUGUGAACAUACUGAUUUGGCGGAUCUAUUCGGAACAGAUUUGCCUGCUGAAGAUAAUAUUGAUGAUCCUGAAUCAAAGAAUACAAUUGGGUCAUUUGUUUGGCGUGAUGGCCCCUUAUUGGCAGCUUUAAAAUCAGAAAACACUUGGAUUUUACUCGAUGAGUUGAAUUUGGCUCCGCAAAGUGUACUCGAAGGUUUGAAUGCUAUUCUCGAUCAUCGUGGAGAAGUUUAUAUUCCCGAGUUGAAUAAAACUUUUGUUUUAAGUCGGAAGACGAGGAUAUUUGCUUGUCAAAAUCCACUUCGUCAAGGUGGUGGUCGUAAAGGUCUUCCACAAUCGUUCCUUAAUCGAUUUAACAAAGUUUAUCUGAGAAAGCUUACUACAGAUGAUUUGCUCUUUGUGGUAAAUGGUAAAUAUGCAAAGCAUUUUGAAGAACUUGCAGGACAUUUUACAGGAUUCUUGAAGCAAAUUGAUGGAGCUACAGAACCAUUUAACUUGUUUGAUUUACUCAAACAAAAAGACAAUUUAAAAAUAAGCUCAGAAACUCAUCCAGCAAAGAUUGAGUUUGAUUUGUCUCUUCGAUUGGUUAAAUUCUCAGAAAAGCUUGAUAAAGGUAUAGCUGAUAUGGAAUUUGGUUACAAAGGUGGUCCAUUUGAAAUAAAUUUGCGUGACAUUAUGCGAUGGUGUGAUUUACUAAUUAGCCCAGAGACUGGUUUUAUUCCCAAAAAGACACCCUUUUACUACCAACGACAGCAAUCUAUUAAACAACUUUUCAAUGAAUUUGAAAACUUUUUAGUUGUUCUCUAUGAACGUAUGAAAUUGAUUUAUUAUCAAAGAAUGAGAUCUGAUCAAGAUAAAAUCUUCAUUCGUAAUGCAUUUAGUGAAAUAUUUAAUUGUGAUGCAGAUAAACUUAAUGCUUUGUCAGAAGAUGUUGCUCUCUAUUGGACAGAUACGAAAGUUUAUCUAAAUGAUAUUGUAUUAGAAAGAGAACCAGCAGCUGAUUCAAUGGGUGCUUUGAGACCACUGAAGAGCAAAGUCAAUACACCACUUUUGUUAGCAUCACAAAGAGAAUAUCUUAAGAAUUUGAUUGAAUGUGUUUAUAUGGAGAAACCGGUUUUAUUGUGUGGUCCUACGGAUUCGGGAAAAACCAAAUUGAUUGAUUUGGUUUGUACAUUGUCAAAUGAAGUUUGUAAUUCGGAUACUAUUGAUGAUUCAGUUACUGGCAGUUUUCAACAGAUUGAUCUUAACCGUCACUUGGAAGAAAUUUCACAAAAUGUUGAAGCAAUUUUCAUCACAGAAGUUCAAAACCUUAUUCUCGAAUUAAAUAACACAUCAGUAAAUGGAGGACAUCAUCAACCAUUAACUACCCACAAACUGGUAGACCUUCUUAAUGCUUGGAGUAAAUAUUCAGAUCUUAAUAAAAUUAAAAUUGAUCUUCAUAAUCAAUCAGAAAUGGCUGAUGAGUUGAACAAUUUCCGCAAUCGUAUUCAACUUAUAUCCAAGGUAAUAACUAAUCUUCUUUCCGUAAAUUCAAUAUCGAUACAAGUUAAAUCCGAACUUGAACAAUUGAGCAAAGUCUUAAAAGCUUUGAAAAAUUUAAUCCGCAACUAUGAAUCCCUCAAUACCGGUGGCAGUUUUGAAUGGGUUGAUUCAAAAAUUGUCAAAUCUUUAAAAAAUGGUCAGUACAUCAGUUUGGAACAUGUAAAUCUAUGCUCCUCAGCUGUUUUGGAUCGAUUAAAUCCAGUCUUUGAACCAAAUGGCAAACUAUUGAUCUCGGAGAAAGGUGUAACUGCAAAUGAUGAAGCUGAAAUUGUCGACAAACAUGAUAAUUUCCGUGCAUUCCUUACAAUUGAUCCCAAAAAUGGAGAACUUUCACGAGCAAUGAGAAAUCGUUGUGUAGAAAUGGCAUUUAGCAAAGACAAUUACACAAAAGAUGAUCUUCGAGUGAUUGUUUAUGAGAGUGGAAUAUCCAAUAUGAAUUCGGUAAAUACAAUUUUAACUAUUCAUGAAAGGAUUUGUCAAGCAACAGAAAUCAAUAAUUUUAAUGUUUCUCAUUUAACACAAUUUGCAUUCCUUGUAAAAGCCUACAAGUGUAUUGGUUAUGAUGAUGAAAAGGCUAUUUAUGUCAGCGGAAUGGAAGUUUAUGUAUAUUCUUCAAAUACCGAUCUAAUGGGUUAUGGAUUGGCCUAUUAUCAAAAUCAAUUGCGAGAGAUUGUUUUGGAAGAAUCAAAGAAAUUAAAUCUAUCCGAAGCUGUAAAGGUUGAUCUUCAAAAUGUCGUUCUCAGAGGUGAAGAUUUGAAUACAGUGGCUUUGGUUAAAAUGCAAGCUGAACCUUUUAGACUUCUUCUAAAUAAUGACUCUGCCGAAUGUUUAAGUCAGCUCUUUAGCAGCUUUGAGAACCUUGAAUUCGAAAACAGCUUGGAAUUGAUAAAAACUGUCAUGUACAUGCUUUAUGAAACAAGCUCCAUGGAUGACAGUAAUCUUCGCCAUUUGUACUUUAAAGAAAUUUUAAGCAACAACUCUGAGGGAGAUAAAAACCUCGUAAAGCAAUUGGAAGUUCUAAAUAACGAGCUUUAUUCAACAAUACAUCAAAGCAGACAUAAUUUUGGCGAGGAUAUAAGCUCCCUUCCAUGGAACAGUAAACUAUUUCCACGUAUCCGAGAAUAUAUUGCAGAACUCAACGCAGAUGACGAACAACAAGGAUAUGCUCUAAGUGCUCUACUGCUGUCCCAUCUUUUAGUGGAUAAAGUUGGUCUGGAACCAGUGACCAAACUAAGCCAAAUUAACUCCCUCGCCUACUCUCAAGCUGUUCAAGGUAAAGUCAUCAAUGAUCGAUUGAAUAAUGUGUUCCUUAACAACUUGGCUACAUUUGUCAAGAGUUUGGGUCAAAUUCUGAAUGCCUCAUUGGGAUAUGCUGGAUUUAAUUUGUCAACUUAUGUUCAAGUUGUCACUGCCUUCUUAUGGACUAAUCGUUUGUUGAAAAUCUCCAAAGAAAAACUAUUUAUUGGAAAAGUUUUGAAUACUAAUUUAAUGGACAAACUUCUGCUGCAUUUCAAAUGGUUGGAUAAGAAUCUUCUUAAGCAGUUAGAAAAGCUUCUGCCAAACUAUAAGCAAUUAAAUCCUGAUUUCGAAUCGAGCCUGCAGAAAAUCACCAAUUAUGCAUUGAGUGUGAAUCAUCCAUUGAAUUUGAUAAGAAAAGUCUACACUAAACAAAUCACUCAAUUCCAGCCAUAUUACAGCGACGAACAAGUUCAGAGGUUGACUUUGAGAAAUAAGCUUGAUGCUAGUCUGGCAAUUGUUCCAGUUUAUGGCUCAUUUACUAAUGAAUUGAUUGCAAAGAAACUAUUGGCACAAAAAUCUGUCGAAGUCGGGAAGUUAAGAGCCGCUAUUUUAAAAAAGAAAGCAUUUGAUAUUCAAUGCCAUCGUUUACCAGGUGGAAGUGGAACUCCUAGCGAGAUUCCAAAGUCACUUUUGGAUGCAAUGACAAACUUUAUCAACGAUUUUGCCGAUAAGCCAGAGGAGGAAGUUAUCAACGAUUGGGAUAUGGAAGACCAUGAGAAGUCACUUGCUGCAAUCGCAACUAUUCUCAAUGUAGAAUUGCAUCCAACACAACUUCCAAACCAAGUGGAAUUUGAAAUGUUGCCACUUCGUGAAUAUUUUGUGAAUAAAUUUGUUUCACAAAUCAUGGCUAAUAAGUCGAGGAGUAUAGAAUUGAAUGAGUUUUUUAUCGAGAACAUCUCAACUUUGAGUACAUCGUCUCUUGAACUACUUCAACUGACCAAGAACAAGAAAUAUCAACAAUUGGAAGGUUUAUUCUCUGAAAUUUUGAAUUACAUCUCAACAAUUGAGACCGAUGGAGAGUUUGAAAGCCUGAUUCAGUACUUAAAUGUCAAUUUCAGACUAAUUUCAACUUACAACCAUCUUGUAACAAAGGCUUGUCAUUCAUUUAUGUUGAAUAAUCUUUCAACCCGGAGUGAUGCUUGCUUGAAUCUUGAAAAGACAGACCUCGAGGUAGCCUCUACAUAUACUUACACUGGUCCUCCACUAAGCGAAAGUGUUUUGAAGAUGCUAUUCCAUUGGGAUGGCAGUUUUAAAGCUAUUCCAUUGAAUAAUUUGCAGACGUGGAAAAGUUCCCUGGCAGAUAUGCGUCAGUUGGUCUGGAACAAUGGCCUCCUUAUGACAAAGAGAUUUGAUUUAUCACAAUCUAUUCUUGAAGAGAGUCUGACAAAAGCCAAGAAGUUGUGUGUAGAAGUGAAAUAUGUUCAAAAACUCUGUCAGAAUAUGGAAAAUGAGAAUUUCUCAGAUUAUAAUGAUAAUUUCCAGAAACUUGUCUCAAAAUUAAAGGUCCAAUGUUCAAAGACACAAACUGAGAUUAAUGCUCAACUCCAACCGAUGCUGAAAAGUCAUAAUAACUUUUAUAAUGCUUCUCUUAUCCAAUCACUCAUUGGAACAAUAGAAUUGUGUCUACUCACAUUCACUCCGCUAAUCGAUCCUGUGGAAAAGAAUCGUCUUAAAAAAGAAUAUAUCGUCGAGGAUAUUAACUGUCUGACUACAUUGAUGACUGCUUAUGAUUUCAUGAAGAUAACGAUGAAUUAUAAGAACUUUGGAUCAGAGAUCUGCAAUGAAAUACAAUCGAGGUUAGCCGAUUUGGCAAAGAGACAAGAUAAAUUCUCUCAAAAAGUUGCUCUUCGUCCUGAAGUUUGUUUAUAUUCGAAUUUAGUACAAGAUAUUACACAUUUCUUGAAGACAAAUUGUGAACCAAAUGCUAUGCAUAGUCUUUUGCAGCUAGUCGAUGAUAGUUGGCAAGAUUGUGUAGACUUUAAACCAUCACCAGAUGAAUCCAAAUUAUUGAGACUCAAUGAAACAUAUAAAAAACUUGACUUAUGGAUUUCGAAUUCGCAAAGAUUUAUCAAUCAUACCAUGAAACGUUAUGCAGGACAUUAUGAAGAUUUCCUACAACCUUUAGAAUGUUCAGUUGGAUUGGUUCGAUUUGGUUUUGAGGGGUUGAAAGUGUCACUGCAACAAUUGCAAAGCUCAAUUGUACCGAAUUCUAUUGGAAUCUUUUCGAAUUUGAAUGAAAAUGCAAAACUUGGUAAUUUAUUGACAAAUAUUGUUGAAUUUCCAAGUGCAAGUAGUUUGCAAGUUUUCAAUGUGGACAGAUCGAAGGAUAUGCAUGAGAAUCGUUCGAUUGUAUUUUCUGUCUUGGAUAGACUUGAGGGCAGUGAGUUUGAAUACUUUAGGCUUCUCAAAUCCAAAAUUCUUGAACUAAAGAAUCGCAUAACAAUAUCAUUGGAUAUCAAUGAAGAAACAUUCAAUGAACUUGAUUUUGCUCUAAAUAUCUGCAAUAAGGUAUGGCAAGAUGAAGAAGAGCGAAAGAGGAAACAGAAAGCCGAAGAAGAUAGUCUCUAUGUCACAAAAACUAAAUGUGAAACUGAAGACGAAGAACUUAUCGAACUUCAAGAGAUUGAAGAAAAUUUCCCAACAAAUGUUGAAGAAGAUUUUGGAGAGUUCAUUGUCGAUGAUUCGUUGGAGAAAGUCAUGAAAUUGUCAUCGAAUAAGAAAAUUACAAAUAAAUCACAUUUGGUUAUACGUGAUGAAGAUUAUGGCUUCUUGGCUCAGAAUUUUAUUACUCUUAUGGAAGACUUUUCAAAAGUUUACUACUAUCACCCUGAUAUUGGUACAAAGAAUAAACCUAGUUUGGACUUCAUUUCACCAUUCAAAGACCGUGUGAAAGUUUUUGUUAAAUUAUUUUCCAAAUAUAAAACUGCACUAAAUGAGCAAAUGGAUAAGAACAUUUAUAAUACUUUCGCUUUUGCUAUUGGCCUUCAACAAGAGAUGCUCAAUGAAGUUUCAUUCUCAAAUAAAAACUCACAAGAAUAUAACUUUUACAAGGAUUCAAACAUUCCUGAAAUAAUUUCAUGUACCGAUGUUAUGGAUAGAAUUGAAAAACGUGUUAUGGACCAAUUAGAGUUGUAUCCGGAACAUGCCAGUUUGAUUGAUAUUAUUCGUGUCAUUAAGAAAAUCCGUAGUUUACCAUCGACAUCUCCAGUUGUGCGAUUCAAUACAGGUUUCCAAAUUCUUCGUCAAAAAGUCGCUCAAUGGAAUGAAGUUGCACACAAAAACAAUCAUUUGCGUGACUUGGAAGUUCAAGUUGCUGAAUUUGUUCAAAAAUGGACAAAACUUGAGUUGCAAUUCUGGAGAACAUGUUUAUCUCAAACUUAUGAACGAGUCCAAUCGAAUGCUUACAAAUAUUGGUUCUUCAUCUAUAAUUUACUCCAAGAAUACAUUCAAGAUCACGAAAUCGACUCAUCUUAUACAGACAUUAAAUACACCGAAAAACGUUUUGCCGAAGGUGAAACAAUGGAAGUCGAACAACAACAAACCACUAAAAUCUCACCCAAUGACAUUCUUAGAAUUCUAAAACAAUUUGUUGAAUCUUCUAGCUAUGGUGACUUCCAAGUUCGUAUGGAUUUGCUUAAAUCCUUUGAAUUGUACCUGCAUUAUGUUCAAAUCGGUGAUGAGGAAAAGAAAACUACUCUCAUUGCUGGUCUACAUAAUUUGCAAAUCUAUUUUAGUCAAUUUACAGCUGAGAUUGAGGAACAUAAGAAAUCAGUUCGUGGUCCAAUUGAAAAGAAGCUAAAAGAGUUUGUUAAGAUUGAAUCAUACAACAAAGAUUUAUCCUACUUUAGCAUGCGAAGCAAUGUCGCUCGAGUUCAUAGAAGCUUGAAUAAGUUCCUCAAAGAAUAUCAAAAUCAAUUGAUACAAAAAAUUACUCCAGUCUUUCAACCGAAAGACGCCACUGCAAAGGAUUACAAUUUCAUAAACGAAAAGGGUAGAGACCUCCGUUAUGACCCCAAGAUCAAAUAUUACAUGGUUGAUGUGAAGGCAUUUGUUGCUCCUCAAAAAUUGAAAGAAAAAUUUGAAAUUGAAGCAGCUGCCGGAGGCGGUGAUGAGUCAAGUCUGCUGCAUAAAGUUGGAAAACUAUUCUUGACCUCCCGUAAUGUAGUAAAAGAAACCAUCAGUAAUGUUGGCUAUCCAAGCUUAAUCAAUGCCCUUGACGAACUUAUGACUACUCAAAUUGAAACCUGUGACUACCUCAGGAAUUUGGAAGUUGAUAGGUCUCAAGAACGCCCCAAACAAGUCAUCGAAGCCAAACAUAUUCUCCAACAAAAACGUAAAGCUCUUUCUGAUUUCUUCAAGACCCUUGCAAAUCUAGGACUCAGUUACAAAUCUGGUCUCCUUGAGAUGUCACUUCGAACAGAAUUCGAAGAUUUAGCACUUCCUCCAUUCUGUGUAAAAACUAUGCUCGGUGGAUUCAAAGAUAAAAAGAUCCACCCGAACAUUGUUCAUUUGAAUGAAAACCUCGAUCGGUACUAUGCCAAGUGUGUCUUCAAACUUAAACUUCUUCAAAACGCUAUGUUGGCACCACUAAGUGAAUUGGGACCACCAAAUAUUGAUCGUAUCAAAGGUUUUGCUGUGGAAACAUUCCUCUUGGUCCAGAAUCAACGAGUUUUGUUGAGUAAUUCCACACGGCAUGUUUAUGAAUUGCAAACCGUCAUCAGUAAUUUGAAACUUCUAUCCGAAAUGGACAACCAAGACCCGAAUGGCUUGAAAUUCUCUAAAUGGCGAGAUGAAUUUGUUGCACUCAAAGAGAGUAUUUGUAAAGUUCGUCUUCUGAUGGAACAAUUUGUGUUGCUUUUGAAAUGCGUCCCAGACAAAGAAUCAUCCGAAAAUACUCUUUUAGUGGACACAAAUACAAUCCUUAUCCAAGGAGAACUCAAGUUCUCAGCCAUCACAGACCGAUGCAAUAAACUUCUUGGUCAUGUAAAGUCUCUCUUAAAUGACAUGGCAAAGAACGAUGUAGAAUUCCUUAGCAACAAACGAAUGGAAAGCUAUAACAAAGCUUACUUAGACACUCGAGUUCAAAUUGAAGAAAUUCGAGCUUUAUUCUCUGUUUCUGAAGAUGAAUAUCUUCCAGCUGCAAAGAGUUUGACAGAACUACUUCACCACAUGGAAGAAGUUAAACAAUCCUUUGAGGAGCAGGAAAAUCCAACUGAAGAUGUCUCAGAUUUUGAAAAUAUUGACAUUGAGCUGGAGAACAUUGUCCAUUCGAUUUUGCUUUCAAUUCAAAAGCUAUUUAAAAAGUAUCCCAAGCAAACGAUUACCACUGAAGAUGGCAAGGAACAAAGAGUAUCACCGAGCAAAAAACUAGCCGAAGACGAACAAAUUAAGGAGAAUCAUCUUAAAGGCAAAUUGCAUCAGGAACUCUUGGCCGAUUGGGAAAUUUUAAAUCUCUCUCAUGUGACUAAGAAAAUGUCUAAUAUUCUCCUGUCAAUUAAGCAUUCCAAGGGGGCAGGUUUUGAGUACAUUCAGAAGAUUACAUCAAUUCUACCAAUUUUGGAGCAAUAUAACUUGGUUGCUGAUUACUAUCUCUUCCAACAAUUGGGAGCUCAUAAGGUUUCUGCCAAGAUGCUUUCUAUCAUGUUGACUGUUUUUGUUGAAUUGAGCACAAAAGGAUUCUGUGUUCCUGCUGACUUGAUGCAGGAUGAAGAGGGUGAAUCAAAGAAGAACGACGAGAAGAAGGGUGAAGGUUUUGGUUUGGAAGAUGGAACUGGGGAUAAAGAUGCCUCUGAUAAAAUAGAAUCUGAGGAUCAACUUGAUGAUGCCAAGCGUCCAGAAGAUCGAAAAGAAGAAGACAAGAAGAACAAUGAAGAUUGCAAGGAAGAGAAAGGUAUCGAAAUGAGUGAUGAUUUUGAGGGUAAAAUGCAAGACAUUGAGAAAGAAGAAGACGACAGUGGUGAGUCCGAGGAUGAGGAAGAUUUGAACAAAGAAAUGGGUGACACAGACAAAGGAGCUGAUAAAUUAGAUGAUCAAAUUUGGGGAUCUGAUGAGGAGGAACAAGAGCAAUCAGAAGACGAAAAGGAAAUGGAAGAAGAAGAUGAGGGUAAAGGUUCCAAAGAUGAAUCCGAUGCCCAUAACGAUUUGGAUACUAAAAAUGAGUCGAAACAAGGUGAAGAAGAACACGAUAAAGAUGGCUUGGAUGCAACAGAUGAUCAAGCCCCAGACAAGGAAAAGAAAAAACAAGAAAAAGAUAUCGAUGAAAUGAAAGAACCCGAAUUCGAUGAAGAACAAACGAAUCCUUAUCAUAAUCAGCUGGAAGAGCCACCAGAAGCUGAAGAAAUGGAUUUGGGUGAUAAUGUGAAUAUGGACGAUGAAAGAGAUGCUGAUGAUCAGCGUGAUGAUGAUAAUCCAUUUGAUAUUGACACAAUGAAGGAACAAAUGCAACAACCAGAAAAAGAGGAAGGCGAUGAAGAGGAGGGAGAAGGAGAUAAGGAUGAACCUGGUGACGAUGAGAAUAAGAACGAGGGAGAUUCAUCAGAUUCUGAAGAAGAACCUGAAGCAGGAACUGAAGAUUUGAAGAAAGAUAAAAAUGGCGAAGAAGAGAAAAAAGAGGAGGAGGAGAAUGUCGAAAGUGAAGAAGCGGAAACAAAAACUCGCGGUGAAUUGGAUGAAGAAGAACAAAAACAGGAGCAGGAAGAAGAUGAAAAUAAAGAAAGUACAGCUGAAGAUAAAGACACAGAAGCUGCUGAAGAGUCUAAAGAUAAGCAAAGCAAAGAAGAUAAUGUACAAUCUGUUCCUGAGAACGAAAACAAAGGAUCAACUGAUCAAGUUCAGAAUGAAGAUGCCGAGAAAGACAUUAACCAAGAUCAAAAGCUUGAUGAACAAGAUACUGGUGAUGAUAAGGAUGGAGUUGGACAGGCUGAGAAUGAAGCUUCUGACCAAGGACAUCAGGGAGUUGCAGAAACUAAAGAAACUGAAACCAAGGCAGAACAGUCCAAAGAGAAAACCAAGCCAGAAGAAAAACGAAAGCAAGGACGAACUAAUGAAGAGCGAACACUUGGUGAAGCCGAAGAGAAUAAGUUUAAGCAACUUAAAACAAUUGACAAAAUGAAAGAACAAAAGGAGCAGGGUUCCGAGGAAAAUGAUGACAAACAAGACGAAGCAGAAAGUGAGGAAUUCCAACAUGUUAAGGAUCCAAAAAAUAACGAUAAGAUAACUUUGGACAAUGCCACUGAAGAACAAUCCAAACAGAUUAAACAUUUAGAAGAUGAAGAGAAAAAGGAUGACGAGGAGGAUAAAGGUGAUGCAGAAAAUACCGACGAAUUGAUGGAUGUAGAUGAGACACCCAAUCAAGAUGAAAUGGAUCAAGAUGUACCCGAAAUUUCUGCUGAAAAGUUAGAUAGCAAAUCGGACAAGCCAUCGAAGACGGAAAAAAAUAAAGACCAAUCUGAAGAAACUGAAAACAUUGAAGUCGAAGGUGAUGUUGUGGACACGAUGACAGUGCCGAGGGGUGAUGAUACCACUGCACAUUGCCAAAAAGAGAUUCUUAUGGACACGAGUAUUGCUCAAGACUUAACUGCAGCUGAGACCUUGGAACUGAGAAAAGCUUACCAAAAUCAAUUGAUUUCUGGAAAAGGGAACCUUCCACAACACCAAGAUUACGAAAUGUGGCAGAUAAUUUCCAACAAAAUGCUUCCCAAUGCUCGAGAGUUGUGCGAACAACUACGUCUUAUUCUCGAACCAACGAAAUGUACUCGUCUAAAGGGUGAUUACCGUACAGGACGUCGUAUAAAUAUGAAGAAAAUCAUUCCCUACAUUGCAUCUCAGUUUCGAAAAGAUAAGAUUUGGUUAAGAAGAACCAAACCAGCACAACGUGAUUACAAAAUUACCAUCGCCAUUGAUGAUUCCAAAUCUAUGGAUCAUAAUAAUUCCAAAGAACUGACUCUCGAAGCUAUUUCUCUUGUUUCUCAAGCUUUAACAUUACUAGAAAGUGGUCGUUUGAGUAUUGUAUCAUUUGGUGAAGCACCAAAAAUUAUACUCAAUCAUACAGAACAAUUUGAUGGUCCCCGAUUGGUUAGUUCGUUGGCUUUCGCACAGGAGAAAACGAAUAUUGCAGAUUUAUUGGAUUUCGUAAGAACGGUGAAUACAGAAGAAGGUGCAAUGGGUUCAGAUAAUGGAUUAUUUGAAAAUUUACUUCUUGUUUUGAGUGAUGGACGGAAUAUUUUCAGUGAAGGAAAUGUUAAGGUGCGAAAUGCUGUUAAACUUGCGAGACGGCAAAGGAUAUUCCUUGUUUACAUCAUUAUAGAUAAUCCAGAAAAUAAGAGUUCAAUCCUUGAUAUCCAAUCGGUGCAGAUGCUCCCAGAUAAGAAGCUAAGUAUAAAAUCAUAUCUCGAUGACUUCCCCUUCCCUUACUAUAUGAUCGUACGUGAUCUUGGUCAACUGCCUCUUGUUCUUAGUGAAGCCAUGCGACAGUGGUUCGAAUUGGUCAACAGCGAACAGUAAUUUUUUUAAGCAUUUGAACGAAUAUGUAUAUAUUAGGC